GCGGUCAUUCUGCUUGCCGCCCCGCGGCGAGAGGAGGAUGGCACCCACACCAGGCACUGACCCGGCUGCUGUGGCUGACAAGUUUAUCAAUGACAAUAAAGUAGCUGUAUUCAGCAAGUCAUGGUGCCCUUUCUGUGAAAAGGUGAAGAACUUGCUAAAGACCAACAACAUACCUUUUGAGGCAUAUGAACUGGACCUUUCUGAGGAUGCGCCGCUAUCCAGGACGCGCUGCUGGAGCGACGGCAACAAGACGGUGCCGAACGUUUUCGUCAACGGCCAGCACCUGGGCGGCUGCGACACCACGCUCCAGGCGCACGCCGACGGUCGGCUGCGGGCGAUGCUGAACGGCGGCGGCGGUGACGCCCAGUACGACUAUGACCUGGUGGUGAUCGGCGGCGGCUCCGGCGGCCUCGCCUGCAGCAAGGAGGCCGCCAAGCUCGGCGCCCGCGUCGCCGUCUGCGACUUCGUCAAGCCCUCGCCGCAGGGCACCACCUGGGGCCUGGGCGGCACCUGUGUCAACGUCGGCUGCAUCCCCAAGAAGCUGAUGCACCAGGCGGCGCUGCUGGGCGAGGCCGUGGACGACGCCGCCAAGUUCGGCUGGUCCGUCGAGAAACAGAACCAUAGCUGGGAGAAGAUGGUUCAGGCGGUGCAGAACCACAUCGGCUCGCUGAACUGGGGCUACAAGGUGCAGCUCCGGGAGAGGCGCGUCACCUACCUCAACGCCUACGCCGAGUUUGAGGACGAGCACACCCUAAAGACGACGGACAAGAAGGGGAAAGAGAAGCGGAUCACGACGCGGAGCGUGGUGCUGGCGACGGGCGGCCGGCCGCGGCUGCCCGACAUCCCGGGCGCACUGGAGUACGGCAUCAGCAGCGACGACGUGUUCUCACUGCCCAGCUCGCCGGGGCGCACGCUGAUCGUCGGCGCCAGCUACAUCGCGCUCGAGUGCGCCGGCUUCCUGCGCGGCCUGGGCCUCGACGUUACCGUCAUGGUGCGGUCUAUCCUGCUGCGCGGCUUCGACCAGCAGAUGGCCGACCUGGUGGGCGAGCAUAUGGAGAAGCGCGGAGUCAAGUUCAUCCGCCAGUGCGUGCCCACCAAGGUCGAGCUGCUGGAGGAGGGGCCUCCACGCAAGCUCAAGGUGACGGCGCAGCAGGGCGACCAGACGGUGGAGGGCGAGUACAACACGGUGCUCUUCGCCAUCGGGCGGUACGCCUGCACACAAAACAUCGGUCUCGAGAAGGUCAAGGUGGAGCUGUCGCCCAAGGACGGCAAGGUGGUGUGCACGAACGCGGAGCAGUCGAGCGUACCACACAUAUACGCCAUCGGAGACGUGGUCAGCGGGCGGCCCGAGCUGACGCCCGUCGCCAUCCAGGCCGGCCGGCUGCUGGCCAGGCGCAUCAUCAACGAGGCGUCCAUCCUGACCGAUUAUGACAACGUGCCCACCACGGUGUUCACGCCGAUGGAGUACGGUUGCAUCGGGCUCUCGGAGGAGGACGCCGUCAGCCGGUUCGGCGCCGACGACAUUGAGGUGUACCACCAGUACUUCACGGCGCUGGAGCACACCGUGGCCGAGCGCGACGACAACGGCUGCUACGGCAAGCUGGUCUGCCGCAUCAGUCAGGAGUACAAGGUGGUCGGCUUCCACGUGGUGGGGCCGAACGCCGGUGAGAUCACCCAGGGCUACGCCGUGGCCAUGCGGCUGGGCGCGCGCAAGUGGGACUUUGACGCCACCAUCGGUAUCCACCCGACGGUCAGCGAGAACUUCACCACGAUGAACACGACCAAGUCGUCGGGCGCCGACAGCAAGUCGGCUGGCUGCUGAGGCUAGAGUGGCUACUCGCCCGGCCUGGCCGCCGGCCGGGCCGGGCGGGUAGCGUAACCGGGGUGCACGGGUCGCCGCCGGGCGCCAGCGCGCGCCGUAUGACGGCGCGGCCCCAGCCCUGCGUGUCAGGAGGGCCGCGCCUGAGGAGGGCGGCGCCCGUCACCCCCACCGCCGGCACCAGCACCACACCUUCGCUCAGGAUCGGAAAUCGCCGCACGUCCUGCCACCUGGCGAACUCGUCCGCAGUUUCACCUGCCGCGGACGGCCGCUAGGCGGAUGCGUCGCACGGACGAGACUGUCCUCUCGGGCCCGUCGUUCAACGCGCGUCCUCCGAGUUGAGCCGUCCAGAAUGCGUCUCGAGCCCCGCUGUCCGAGGAGGGAUCUAACUCGUCGCACGAGACGGAGUCGGCUGUAGUUUUGAUUCAACUUGUCUGCGGUCAGGCGCUAGGUGAAUUACUGGUCAGUACAGCCUCACGCGACUUUGUACUCGGGCACGGUCUAGUGAGGGGCACACUGUCCUGUGGUCACACUCGUGAUUUUCCUGUCAUUUUACCUGACCGAUCUGGGAACACUGGUAUUGCAUAAUGAUCGAUGUGCGUGUGUGUGUUAUCACUUCCUUGCCUACUGGCUCGAUCUUGGACCAGAGCGUACUGCCGCCAGUUACCACGAACAACGGGGGUGCCUUGCCGUGGGUUGUGCAACCUCGGAGCCAGCGCUGUAUACUCAGCCGGUGUGGGGGCUGCGCGCACGCCUCCUGCGGGCGCCGCCGACCGUCAGCGCACCCUGGUGUUGCUCCCUGCCGCCGACUGUCGACCCCCUCGCCGCUGUGGACGGCGCUGGCACGGCACGCCGGCACGUACAGACACCCGGCCUAGAGCUGUCCUACUUGUUCUGUUUUACUGACUGGUUUCACGAAUAAAAUUUGAUAAGAAAAUGUA